AUGCGCAACACGAUCAAGGACGAGAAGAUCGCGUCCAAGCUGGCGGGCGACGACAAGAAGAAGAUCGAGGACGCGAUCGACGCGGCCAUCAGCUGGCUGGACGCCAACCAGCUGGCCGAGGCGGACGAGUUCGAGGACAAGAUGAAGGAGCUGGAGUCGCUGUGCAACCCCAUCAUCGCCAAGAUGUACCAGGGCGCGGGGGCCGACAUGGGCGGCGCCGGCGGCAUGGACGAGGACGCCCCCGCGGGCAGCGGUGGCCCCGGCCCCAAGAUCGAGGAGGUCGACUAA